UCGAGACCUUCUCUCUCUCUCUCUCUCUCUCUCUCUCUCUCUCCUCUCGCCAAAGCCCUAACCCUAAUCUUCGAUCUAUUCGAUCCCCUCUUCGCUCCCCUGUUAACCCCCUCUCUCUCUCUCUCUUUCUCUCUUUCUCUCUCUCUCUCUCUCUCUCUUCUCACUUCAGCUCCUCCUCCCCCCGAUUGUUAUUGGAGGAGGCACGCAACGAGCGGGGGGAUGGAGAACCACAAGAAGACGCCGGUCCGGGUACGCUUCCGCGUAACAGCCAAGAAGCGAGGCUGCGACGCCGCCGCUUCCUGCUCCGGGAAGCGUGGGAGGCAACGGGACUGUGUCAACUCCGUGCGGAAGCUCCAGCGCCGCGAGAUCGGUGCCCUUCCCCGCAUGGCCCGCGGUGCCGCCUCCGACGCUGCCGAGAAGUUCCGUAACAUCCAGCUACAGGAAGAGUUUGACACCUAUGAUCACAAUGUUCACUGGUUUGUGAAGUUACAGUUUCUAAAAAAGAGAUCAAAAAUCAUUGAGAUUGUUUCAGCAAAGGAUAUUAUAUUUGCUCUUGCACAAUCUGGACUAUGUGCAGCUUUUAGUCGGACAACUAACAAACGGAUAUGCUUUUUGAAUAUAAGUCCUGAUGAAGUGAUUAGAAGCCUCUUCUAUAAUAAGAAUAAUGAUUCACUUAUCACAGUCUCAGUUUAUGCAUCUGAUCAUUUCAGUUCCUUGAAGUGCAGGACAACUCCAAUAGAGUACAUCAAAAGGAGCCAAUUAGAUGCUGGGUUCCCUCUUUUUGAAAGUGAAUCUCUUAAGUGGCCUGGUUUUGUUGAAUUUGAUGAUGUCAAUGGAAAGGUUCUAACAUACUCAGCCCAGGAUGGCAUCUACAAGGUCUUUGAUCUCAAGAAUUACAACUUUUUAUAUGCAAUAUCUGAUAAGAACGUGCAGGAGAUUAAAAUCAGCCCAGGAAUAAUGCUGUUAAUAUUCAAUAGAACUCCAAGUUAUGUUCCAUUAAAGAUACUCUCAAUCGAGGAUGGAAGUGUGUUGAAAUCGUUUAAUCACUUGUUACACCGAAACAAAAAGGUUGACUUUAUUGAGCAAUUCAAUGAAAAGCUCCUAGUCAAGCAAGAAAAUGAGAACCUUCAGAUUCUUGAUCAGGUGAGGGAUUCAGAGUUGACUGAGGUUAGCAGGACAGAGUUUAUGACACCAUCAGCAUUCAUCUUUCUAUACGAGAACCAUCUUUUCCUGACAUUUCGAAACAGGACAGUUGCUGUGUGGAACUUCCGUGGGGAGUUAGUCACCUCCUUCGAGGACCAUUUACUGUGGCACCCUGAUUGUAAUACCAAUAACAUUUACAUCACCAGUGACCAAGAUCUGAUAAUUUCCUACUGCAAAGCUGAAGAAGGAUGUGGCGAUGAAGGUGAAGUUUCUGCAGUUGGCUCGAUCAAUAUGAGCAACAUUCUGACGGGGAAGUGCAUAGCUAAGAUAUCAGCAAGUGAUCCUGCACUUCAGAUCAGUCCUCGCCGACGAUGUGAGACAGGUCGAUCAUCUAUCAGAAGCACUGUUAGAGAAGCACUUGAGGAUGUGACAGCUUUAUUCUAUGAUGAGGAAAGGAAUGAAAUUUACACUGGCAACAAGCAAGGUUUGAUACAUGUAUGGUCCAAUUAGCUAUGUGGCUGUGAAUUAAUUUCUAGGAUGAGCGUAUCUGUAAUAUAGGGAGCACCUCGUGCGUCUCGAAAUCAAUUCUUGCCACGCCACACUAGCUUCUCUCAUCCUUCCUUACAUGAUAUGUAUGUUUUGACAUAAAUGUAUUUGUUUGCAAUUUUAGUAGUCUA